AUGACCCGCGGGACUAACUUGGUCGGCCCUUUCUUGCAGCACGACGCCGGACUGGACUACUAUGGUCGCAGAUUAGCAACAUGUUCGUCGGACAAGACAAUAAAGAUUUUCGAAAUCGAGGGGGAGACACAUCGCUUGAUUGAAACACUGAAAGGACACGAAGGCGCGGUGUGGUGUGUGGCAUGGGCUCAUCCCAAGUUUGGCACGAUUCUUGCCUCCUCUUCGUACGACGGAAAAGUGCUUAUCUGGCGUGAGCAACACCAAAACGCGACGUCCCCCGUUGCAGGCAGCACCUGGACAAAAGUUUUCGAUUUCUCCCUCCACACUGCCUCGGUGAAUAUGGUUUCCUGGGCUCCACACGAGAGCGGAUGUCUCCUUGCCUGCGCUUCUUCGGACGGGCAUGUGAGUGUCCUCGAGUUCCGCGACAACAGCUGGACCCAUCAGAUCUUCCACGCUCAUGGAAUGGGUGUGAACUCGAUCAGCUGGGCCCCAGCAGCGUCUCCUGGAAGCUUGAUCAGCUCGAACCCUGGCCCAGGUCAACAGCGGAGAUUCGUUACCGGUGGCAGUGAUAAUCUGCUGAAGAUAUGGGAUUACAACCCGGAAAGCAAGACCUACAACCUCAGCCAGACAUUGGAAGGUCAUUCGGACUGGGUCCGUGACGUCGCCUGGUCACCCAGCAUUCUGUCCAAGUCCUAUAUCGCCUCUGCGUCUCAGGAUAAGACUGUGCGGAUCUGGACCUCGGAUGCAUCGAAUCCCGGCCAAUGGACCAGCCAGCAGCUGGAAUUCGACACUGUCCUGUGGCGGGUUAGCUGGAGCCCUAGUGGAAACAUCCUUGCUGUCAGUGGAGGAGACAACAAGGUCAGCUUGUGGAAAGAGAAUUUGAAGGGACAAUGGGAGAAGGUAAAGGACAUUGAGGAGUAG